AGAGUGCAGGGCAAAGAAAAUUAAUGUUGGGAAAUGGCAAAGCAGUCCAAGCUCCUGUUGCCACAGUAACACCUGUGUGGAGGACCAUAAAGACGGCCCACCUCUCCAACACAUAAACUGUGAAUGAGACUCCAUCCUUAUCAACAGAAGCAGCCAGAGGAAGGGAGCAAACACUUCUCUGGGGACGGAUCUUUACGAGGGUGAGUGCAUUGAUGGAAGAGCGUGGGAAGUGGAGAGAGCUGUAUCUCAGAUCCCAAGGUUGGACUUCCCUGCCCUCUGUCUGCUCUGAAAUGAACUGACAGAUUGCUGAAGUAACCAAAGCAGACCCUGCACUGACUAGAGCCUCUUUUCCUCUCUCAAAACCAUUGAGAGAGGCUGUCGUUGGGUUUCUUUGGUUUGCUUUCCAGCCUCGUCAUUCUCUGAAUCAGCCGGUUUGGAUCUCAUUUCACAGUUCUUGGGCCUUCUAGAAUCGAGGAGCAAAGACAUGGCACGAGCUGCAUCCAGAACUGGAGAUAUCCAAGGGAAAGUCUUAGUCCCGAGUCUGGCUUUGGUACGGUCUUGACGGGCAGUAAAAGUAGUGGAAACAUGUCAGGCAGAGCACUAUGGGAGUGGACACCGACGACCGCCUGCAUGGAGCUCGUGGAAUGUGCUGUGCUCAGCCUGACGUCCACCCUGUGUCACGCUUAGGGUGCCCCUCUUACCCACUACCUGGACGUCACACACUUUCUGUGUGUUCUUGCUGACCACACAUGUGUAGGUGUGUUAGCAUAUUCUGGCUUUAGCUGUCAAGACAUACAGCAGCUAGAAGAAAUCUCUUCAGAACUGCUCGACGCAUAUUGCGCACCAGUGAAAGGCCUACCAGAGCCAGUGCGGAGGAAUUAUCUGCUGUCAGGUCCUGCGCCGGGCUGAUAGGGAAACGCAGCGCACCGAGGGCCACUGCAAGGUGAGAGGGACGGCCGCAGGGGGAAGGGAACGAAAAGUCAGGGACCGACGAUGCCGUCUUCCACCAUGCAGAUGUUUGCGUUCAUUCUGGCGUUACUGGGGGUCCUGAGUGCCACGGUGGCCACGCUGCUACCCAACUGGAAGGUGAGUGCAGAUGUGGGCUCCAAUAUCAUGACUGCCAUCUCACAGAUGCAGGGACUGUGGAUGGACUGCACCUGGUACAGCACCGGAGUCUUCAGCUGCUCGCUUAAGUACUCGGUGCUGGCAUUGCCGGCUUAUCUUCAGACCGCACGCACCACUAUGGUGCUUUCCUGCAUGAUGGCGACAAUGGGACUCUGUCUGGCCGCCCUAGGGCUGAAAUGUACUCGCUGGGGUGGCAGUUAUCGCUCUAAGGGACACACGGCCAUUUCCGCAGGGGCUUGCUUCAUCAUAGCAGGGAUCCUGUGUCUGGUGCCCGCAUCCUGGUUCACCAAUGAGGUCAUCACUACGUUUAUGGACACCAAAGUGCCCAAGAGCAGCAAGUAUGAGCCAGGCGCAGCGGUGUACGUGGCAUUUGUGUCGGCAGGAUUCCUUUUAGCUGCGGGCGUAAUCUUUUGCUUAUCAUGUCCUGGAAGGAGAGGCGGUCCAUUAGAUUCGGGCUCGUCCCACCCCGACAAGCCAAAAAAGCAGAAGCUGCGCCAGGAGCAGCCGACCCGCGACGAACAGAAACAACAGCACUGCGAACAGCAGAGUCAGACUGAACCACCGGAACGAGAGCAGUCGCAUCGAGAGAAACUACACCAGGAAAAGCUACAAGCGGAUGAGAAGUCGGUGCCGGACAGGAUGAUCCUGGAGAAGGACAAGCAGUACCAGUCUCCAUCUCGAACCCGAAUUCAAGAUCCCAAGGCCGUCUAUAGUCUGCACGACUAUGUGUAAACAACUGUCGUCGACUCCAGGAGUAUUUAAGGCAUUCUUGAUUAUCAGACUGCCUUUCUUUGUGAGCGGCAAAAAGAGGAGGGGAAAAGCAGUGGAGCAGCAGGAGGAAUAAUGACUUUGAUGCCGUUAUCAACCCUUCUCAUCUGUGCCUUCGCUUACAGCAAGUGAAACAGUGGAGGUAUUUCCAAAGCCCCGGAACAGACAAACUAAGGAUUGUGAAUCCUCGGAUACAUGGUUUUACUGCAACUACAAGUAAAAAGGGGGCCAAAUGGCGAUGCAUCAUAAAAAUGCAACAUAAGAAAGGGGAAUUUAUGAAGAUACUAAUGUAAGGACAGUCCUAAAAGGUGCAUUUGCUUACCAAAGGUUGGAAAAAAUAAAGUUAUUGUUAACCUAUCAUUUCAUUACCUUGUCAAAGUAAAACGCAAACCCUUGAGAGCAAUUUUAUCAGCCUUUUGGUAGCUGGAACCAUGUGUUAUAAGCAAGUUUUAAUUCAAAAGCUUGUAUAUGAUCCAUUAGGCAGUAUGUGCAUGCUGUUUGUAGAUAAUGCUGUUAAUAAUGCUGCAAAAUGGCUUGCAGUUAGGGAUAAUCAGGCUUGCACCUGAGGAUGCUUCACACCAUCAGCUGUCCAUUAAAUGGUGCGUGUCCUUCAGAAAAGGGAUUUUGACAUGUCCAGUCCAUAUUUUUCAAAGAAUGGUGAUGGGGGGGAGGCACAGCGGCAGAGAUCAGCUGAGGUAAUGAUGCUCUUUGCUUUUCCAUUAGGUUCGCUACGGAUGGGUGCACGCUGCUCAUUUAUUGUGAGCAGACACAGAUCCACCAACACACACACAUAAGCUUUCCCUCCCUCGUACUCUUGCUAGAAGGGUAAUGGGGGCUUGCACCCAAUCAUCAUGAUGCUGUGCGUUGGUGUGUCUAGCCUGCAGGAAGUGCAUUUGGUCCUGUUCUAGGGCAAACAGGACGCAGUAACACGCUGUUCACACUUUUGCCGAAAAGUAGAACCAAGGUGACAGAAAUCUCAGCGGUGGCUUCAGACUCCCUCGCUGGGGAACAAUUACACCUUUGGUCUACAUCUCAAUUCGGUCAAACCAUGCACAGUAUUUUCUGAUUGCUAUGCUGUUUUCACGUAUAGUCAAGCCAUUAAAUGUAUUUUCUAAGAGUCAGUGGAAGACAGCAAUGUACAAUAUAAUGUACAGUAUUUGACUCAAGCUAAUGCUAAGUGCCAUUGUCUGUGCUUUUUCUGUCAUAAUGAUGGUCAAGGGCUCCUAUUGUCUCUAGAGAGACGCCACUGCUUUUCAUUUUUAUCUCACAUAUAAGAAUACAUACUGUUCUUUGUGUUUGAUACGCUUGUACAGACUGCUUUAAAAACUGACGCAAAGGCUGAGAGUGACAAUGAAUUAGAGCAGCAAAACAAUGUCAUUAUGUGCCAAUGGACCAUGUCUUGCUUUAUUGUGCAUAGGUUUGAUAUAGUCACUGGGGUCCAAAAACCUGAGACCACUGGUAAAAAAUGCUGCUAUUUUGCAUUACUGCUGCUAUUUCCAUUAUAUUUUUCAUUAUAAUUUAUAUUAUCAGCAUAACAAUUUGAGUGAAAUUUGAAUUUCUGAUCACUAAACACUUACAUAGAAAUGUAUUCUUUUUUUCAUGAUUUUUUUUAAUGAUUUUUAUUUUUUUCUUUUAAAGUCUUACAUCUUUAUUUUCAGAUUUAAAUGACAAAAAAUUCCUGAUAUCCAUUAUAGUCUCAGAACUUUGGACUGCACUGUAAAAAGUAGGUUACGCUCACACUGCAGUUGAAUGUACUGUCAUGUGACAAAGAUGGGUUUUUAUAUACAGUAUAACUGUUGUAUAAAAAACUCAUUCUUUGCUACAUUUUCAAUUCCUAUCUUGCUUAUUAUUUUAAUAUGUGAAUAUUAAAUAUAAAAAAAGAUUAAUUAGAUUUUUUGCAGAGGUAUAUUGGGAUUGUGAUUCUUGUGAUUUUUAAUCUAACGCAACUCAUAUUUUUUAUUUACCUUAUAAAUUAACUUAUUUACCCUUUGCUGUUAGAGAAAUACAUUUCUUUGGUAACACUUUACAAUAAGGUCUCAUUUGUUAACAUUAAUUAAUGUAUUAACUAACAUUAACUAACAAUGAGCUAUACAUUUGA